CUGCGCGCCCGGCGCCGACAUGGCGGAGCGCUCCCGGUCGCUGUUCGUGUGGGACAACGGCAGCCCGAUGCGGUUCUAUGUACGGCCCGGGCUGGCCAAGCUGCGCCUGGCGCCGCUCGUGCUGGCGGGCGGCGGGCGGCUAUGCCGCGUGCAGGAGCCGGGAGCCGUGCUCCUGGCGCAGCCCGGCGAGGCGGCGCCCGGCGGGGCCGUCUCUACUGAGUACGUGACGGAGUGCGUGCAGCGCAAUGAGCGGCUGCCGCUGGAGCCCUUCCGGCUGCCCGCCACGCCGCCCCGCGUCGCCGCCGCCGCGCCGCGCGGCCGCCUGGCCUUCUCGGAGGCGGAGGACGCGGCGCUGGUGCGCGCGGUGCGCGGGCGCGGCGAGGCGCGGGCGCGCGGGCGCGCGCUGUGGCAGGAGCUGGAGCGCGCGGCGCUGACGCGGCACAGCUGGCAGGCCAUGCGCGAGCGCUACCUGCGGCACCUGCGGCCCGCGCGGCGCGCGGGGCUCUUCGAGGCGGCGAACCGCGAGUUCGAGACCCUGGAGUCAAGAAGUGGCGCUUCAGAAGUCUCAGGAGACCUUCCUACAAAAGAGAGAAUUUCCCCAGGAGAAACAGCAUCUGGUUUGAAAACUGUCCUGCAGGACUCUGCUGGCCCUGACACCAGGUUACAGAUGGAAGAAAGACCAAGAAGCACUUGCUCUCCUUCCAGCGUGGUGGGAGAUGCAGUGAAAACGAUGCAGUGCUUAAUGGAGAAGUCUGGCAUGGACCUGCUCACCGUCACACAGGCCUUUCUGAAAAACAGCGGUGAAGCAGAGGCUACUUUGCACUUCUUGCAGACAGGGCGGCGCCGGGACGGGUACCCUGUGUGGAGCCGAGAAGAUGAUUUGGAAUUGCAAAAAGAUGAUGAGUGUGCCAGAAAUAAAUUGAUAGCAAAAUUUGGAGCUGAAAACGUAGCAAAGCGGGUAGCAUUUAGGAAGAGUUAGAUGGCGAAGCAGAGGGGGAUGACUGGUCUAGGACUUAGAAAACUUAAAAAACAGGAACUUAAAAAAACCAGUCAUUUUAGAUAUGUAGAUACAGUAGAAAAUUUUAUAUAGCAUUCUGAAGUUUCAGAAAUGCUUUAAAAUCUUUUUUUUUCCAUAAAAGGCCCAUUUUGUAUUUUUUAUUUGUAAUACCAAGUAUACUAAACAUUUUAAAGUAGAAAAUUAUGAAGAUAAGGGCGCUAUACAAUAUCAAGUUUUUUCAAUGAAAAGGGUGUAUCUGCUAUAUAAAUGAAUUGACAGUUCUGCCUGUACAUUGCUCUGCAUGCAAAGGAUUUUGAAUAGGGUUGUCACCGAAGUCUGACAGUCACAUUUAAGUGCUCUAACCUGUAAUGCAUUAGUAGUGCACAACAGCAUCCUGCUCUCUGUCAUGUGUCUUACUUCAGACUGCUGGGGAUGGUUAUUUAAUAACCUGGUCUGCCAGUUGUUGCCAUUACUUUUUGUUGUUAAUAAACCUUGAUUAGCAGCAGACAUUUGGAGAUAGUAACAAUGAAAAGGUAACUGUUCAAAAGAGGGAUCAAGAACAUUCAUGCCAGAAGAUGACGCACUUGGUCUCAUACAUCAAUGCUGAGAUGUCUUAGAGUGGCCCUGUGUACUGGGAGUGGCCAAAAAGGUCCCUGUGAUGUUAAAAUACUCAGACUCACAUUACAGAGAUAUGUCAGUUAAAACCUCAGGCUGGUUGAGGUCAUCUCAGUUUUCAUUACCACUUCCAGCAUGUGUUCUCCCAUGCUAAUAUUGCAGGGUUUGAUUAAUAACACCAACUUUACCAUCUUGCUUCACGAUUUCAAGAACGUGGGCUCUGAGAACUUCCCGGAGAACAACUACUACUGGUUUUGGAAGCUAGAGGACAGAAUUAUUUCAGCUAAAAAAUAAAUGGAUUCACAUAGUCCCAGAUAUGGAUCCCCGUAUGCAAACUCAGAAGUUUUAAUAUUCAACUAUAGCUGGUUUAUUACAUUUUCCCAUUAUACAGUAAGCGAACACAAACAUUUCCCCAACAUUGCCACCAAGGCUGGAUACCCAGGCACAGGAAUGGAGCAAAAGAAAACUGGGCUUGAAAACUUAACUAUCCCCAAAAAAAGGAUCAUUCUAGAAACCACCAUCUGGUCAUCCUUGCAUCUCUUCUGGCAUUACAUAUCACGCAUGGCAGCAUGACAAAUGAUGCUUGCUUUAUUCAGCUUCCAUGUAUAUCUCUUCUUCCUUUGUAGUACAAUCGCUCUGUGUGGUUUCACACAUUUAGCUGUGGUCUAUGAGGGUUUUGAGCUCUGCUGUCUGGUUCCACUCCUUUGGCACUGUUUGCUCCAAGCUACACGUAUUUCCUCUUUUGCAUAAACCAUGGAUUUAAUUUGCAAAACAGAGUUGCAUUACUUUAGCCUCCAUUUACCUGGGGCUGCUGAUUGACAGAGCUGAACAUGAGCAGCUUGUGCCCAGGCAGCCAGGAAGCCACCAGCAUCCUGGCCUGUACCAGCACCAGUGUGGCAGCGGGGCCAGGGCAGUGACUGUCCCCUUGCACUGGGCACUGGUGAGGCUGGACCCCGAAUCCUGUGUCAGUGCUGGGCCCCUCACUGCAAGAGAGACAUUGAGGUGCUGGAGCGGGGCCAGAGAAGGGCCCCGGAGCUGGUGCAGGGCCUGGAGCACAAGUGUGAUGAGGAACGGCUGAGGGACCUGGGGGGGUUUAGUCUGGAGAAGAGAAGGCUCAGGGGGGACCUUCUCGCUCUCUGCAACUGCCUGACAGGAGGAUGGAGCCAGGAGGGGGCUGGUCUCUGCUCCCAAGGAACAAGGGAUGGGACAAGAGGAAACGGCCUCAAGCUGCUCCAGGGCAGGUUUAGAUGGAGAUGAGGAACAAUUCCUUCCCCAGAGGGUGCUCAGGCAUUGGAACAGGCUGCCCAGGGCAGGGCUGGAGUCACCGUCCCUGCAAGUGUUCACACCCUGUGUAGCUAAGGCCUCAGUGCCAUGGGUUAGUAGUGGCCUUGGCAGUGCUGGGUAACGGUUGGAGUUGAUGAUCUUGAAGGUCUUUUCAAACCUCUUUGAUUCUAUCAUGCCGUGGUUGUGGCUGAGCCUCCAGGGCUUUGCAGAGCAACCUGUGCUGCUGAGGAAGCUGUCACAAGUGCAGCUGGGGUUCCUGUGUUACUUAUCCUUGCAUAGCAUAUCCAUGUGUGCACUCUUACACACAUGCACAUACCUCUGUCCUUUUUUGCCUUAGCAAACACUUAACAGUUCUGUAAUCUGCAGCCUUCAGAGAGUAAGUGCAGAGAGCAGCUUUUCUGCCUUCAGAAUUUGUUAUUUAGAGGAGUUAUGGUCAAACAAAAGAUCCAGUGACAUAUUUUUUUGCUCUUCUUCAGACUGAAUGAGCUGGUAGCCCAGCAGGUCCAUUGCAUCCUUGCACACCCUUUGCACUUUUUCUAUUUUCUGGAAGGGAAGGGUCUUCCUCCAGGCCUGAGAUACCUUCAGCGCAUCUCUGGAGCUAAUAUCAAAGGCCUGUGCUCCUUGCCCCUUCCCAUGGGUGAUGUUAUGCACCCACUUCUGAAGUUCUGGUGUAAAAUGGAGUUCUGCAAACCUGUACAUCUGAGCAGUCCUUGCUAGCGGGUCUCUAACGAUGUCUUCAUAGCGAACCAGCAGGUAGCGGUCCUUCAGGAAGCUGGGGACAGCCCGGCUGCCAGCCUUGUAAAUCUCAACAUGGCUUUUGCAGAUUACUUGCAUGGUGUUGUAAGGUCCCAUUUCUCCCUUUGUCCUCUCGGACCCCACAACAAUGUUACUGUCACGUUUCAGGUCUGCCACUGUAUUCUCUCGUGACCUGAAUACAGCCCGAGGAUCACGGACCAAGUGAAUGAUCUUGAGGUUCAGGGACGGAUCAGUGAGAAGCGGGUAGAGAACUUUCAGGUCAAAGAACCGAACCUCCUUGAUGGCAACAUGGCUGUAGGUUUUACAGGCUUCCUCCACCUUGCUGAAUGGGGACUUGGCACAGAUUGUUCUGCAAUUGCCUGCAGCAAUUAUGUCACUGCGACUGAAUAAGUCACAGGCCGGGGGGGAGCACAAGGCUCGGCUUGUCUCCCACUGAAACAAAUCAGACUUUUUCUUCUGGCUAGACAUGUAAGCAUCAAACACAGACAUGUCACACAGAAAGACCGACCUGACAAGGUCCCGCACUGCCAUGUGCAAGACCUUGGCACUGUUCUGGUACAUCUUAACCCACACGUGCCAUGCAGGCUCCAUCAGGUAGAAGACACUGGGGUGCUGGCUGAAAAUUUGUCCAGUGAAGGAAGAUCCUGACCGCCAGGAGGAGAGAAUGAGGAUGUGGACUGAAGAAGGUUUUCGUUCCGUGGGGACAUUGUUGCUGCAGGGUUGGGAGUGGAAGUGGAUCAGAAGGAAGGUCAGAACUGCCAGAAUCAGGAGCACCUGCACCCUUCUAGACUUCAUCAUGGUUGCAAGGGACCUGCAGAGACAGAGGAAGUUCAGCAUCACAGGGUCACGAAGAAGGCAAGGAUGUGGUGCAUCAGACUCCUCUGAAUCCCUCUGGGGGCUCAGGGUUUUGGAAAGCUGCAGCACUACCAGUGAUGCUGUGACAACCACAGCAAAAAGUGCCCUUGGAAAGAACAUAAAUACUGCAGGAGUAAAAGUUUUCAGUAACAAAUCCACUGUUUGUCAGCAAAUCAUUCUAAUGCUGUCUUAGAAGAUGACUGAAAAGCUUGUCUGCACUUUUAUCAAAGCUUAAGAGCUAGUUCAGUGUAUUGAAAUAAGUCGGUACACACAAAUAUGUACUUAGUGUACACAAUUCCUGCAGACAUGAUCCCUGCAAUUUUUAUGGAGGAAAGAUGGAAAAAACUUUUUUCUUUCUUUUUUUUUCUUUUUUUUUUCUUUUUUUUUUCUUUUGGUGGCGAAUUCAGCAGUUCCACACUGUUACUUUUAAGCUCCUGCUCUGACCAUUGUUUACAAUUGGUUUUGUGCCAGAAUGCUGUACAAAUACAAUGUACGUUUCCAUUUCUUUUGCUUAUAUUCUUUUUGGAAUUUCAGGGAACUUUUUUUGUCAUGACAGGCAAAAAUUCACAUACCAAAGGAAGUCGUUUGGCACUGUAAUAAAUCCAAGCACAAUAUCUCCUCCACAAUCACAGCAUCACAGACAAUUUUGCUAGAAAGUCAUGAGAAUUUAUCAUCCAUCUUGUGAGGUGGGCUUACCUACAACCAAUACAUUUCUUAGCCUAACUCCUUUCUAGAGGCUGUCUUCUGCUGCUCUUCCCUCCAACCCCACUCAUGUUGUAGGUCUUCCAUGAGAAGAGGUACAACAGAAUGUGUUAGUCCAACUCAAAGAUCUGCCCAAAGCUGGCUCCUUUUUUCUUCCACUAAACCUCUAUUCUGCCUGUUGUGGAUGACUUCAUUAUUGGAAAAUGCUGUAGUGCUCCCUGUGACCACACAGCUUGGUGUGCUCCCCUGUCACCACAGUGACAGCCACCAGGCUGGCACUUUAGCUGUACUGUAGUGGAGACAGGCCUCUCCGGACACUACAACUGCUUUACAUUUUCCAAGAUGAACUAAACUUAAAAUAUUUUACUAGCUCACCUUACUAGCUCUCAGCCAUGGUCAGUCCCUCCACAGCCAGACAGGAUAGAGAGAGCAGGGCCCUCAGGCUGCAGGGCAAGCUAGGAGUCCUGGACAGGGCAGCACUGGAGCCCAGGUCCUCAGAGCUUUGUACACAGCUUUUGUGCAGCCCAUGACUGCGCAGAGCUCAGACAGCCAUGGCCAGGCAGAGCAGCUGCCUCCCUCGAAAGCAGCAGAGGUACAAAGUGUGCCCUACUUCCCUGCUGUGUGCUUACCAAGUUAUCUUCUAGGUCCAUGGUAAUGCCUGAAUGUUCCCAGUCAAAAUUUCCCUAACUUCCUCCUUAUUCCCUGCCUCAGUUUCCCUCUUCAGUGAAACUUUCCAACUAGCCUGCAUGGGUUUAGUUCCUCUAGUACCGAUGUUGCGAUUUCCAGGUACAGUCACUGCUACUAACCAACUAGGAACAGCACUCAUCUUUUGCUGCAGCAUACAUGCAGAAAUUGGCUUGUUUAUCUAAUCUGUGCAUUCGUUUUGAGUUUAGGAUUUGUAAGGCAGCAAUUCUAAUUGCUCAGAGCCAGGACAAUACGCAGCCCAAUGGGUAAGCCUGGUUGUUGCCAGUAAGUCCUACAACAAUAUGAAUUUUAUUUUAGUAAUGUCUUGCAAGGAUGGGGCUGCACAUUUAGUGAGGAACCGCUUACUUCUGGUCUCCUGGACAAGGAGCCUACUGGUGUUUUUUGGUUAUACAAGUAGAUUAUAGCAUUCAGGUCUGAGAAGAAGCUGAUUCAGGUUGAUGUUUGGGCCAAGCCUAGGAAGAGCUGCAAAAAUAAAGACUGUUGUAAAAGUAAGUCAUAUAUCAUCUUCCUCCUUGCAAAUAAAUACAGCAGUGUUUACCAAA